UAUGGGUCUGUGUAAUUCAAAAUAUUCAACUUCAUCUUCAUCUCAGAGCUGGCACUUGCAGACGCUAGAUGACCAUGAAGGAGGAAUCAAUUGUAUGUGCUUAUCAGAGGACGGUUCAGUAUUACUUACUGGUUCGGAAGAUCGGACAGCCAGAUUAUGGACAGUUAAAACAGAAACAAGUGAAUGUAUAGGUUUGCUAAAGGGCCAUGAAGAUUACAUAAACGCUGUAGCUAUAGACGACAACUUUGCCAUUACUGCUUCAGCCGAUAAGACACUACGGAAAUGGGAUAUGACGACCUGUGAAUGUUUAUUGAUAAUGACAGGUCAUAAGUCACUAAUUAACAGGAUAUUAUGCACGGGCGAUUUUGUAUUUUCAUCAUCCUAUGAUAGAACAGCAAGAUGUUGGGAUCUGGAAACGGGUGAUUGUAUAAGAGUAUUUUCCGGUCACAAACGAGGCGUCUAUCCUCUGAUCUUUAUACCGGCUGACUAUGAUGACGUGACGCCCGAAGCGUUUAAUUGGGAUGGUAAUAAAGAUCUGUUGAUUACGGCCAGUGCGGAUUUUACGGCCAGAAGUUGGAGUUUUGAAACAGGAAAAUGUUUAAGAGUGUUUAAGGAACAUGAGGGAGCCGUGACAUGUAUGUCGACGAACCAGAGUGGUCGGACCUUGUUUACUGGUUCGACGGAUCAAACAAUCAGAAGUUGGGAUAUUAUUAGUGGAGAACGAUUAAAGAUUUUUGAAGGCCACCAAUCUUCGGUUAUUUGUAUGACAGUCGUUAAUAAAAUAAUGUACACCGGAAGUUCAGAUAUGACGGCAAAGGCGUGGGUUACAGAGUUUGCAGACUGUACAAGAAACUUUAAGGGUCAUAAGCAUACAAUCAGCUGCAUAAAGUACUACGAUGGAUUGCUGUUCACCUCCUGUGGCGACGGUGUCGUUAGAGCGUUCGAUGCUAAGGGCGGUGCCCUGAAGAGAACGUUUUUAGGCCAUCAAUUUGCAAUAAAUUGUAUGCAGGUGACGGAUGGCAGAUUACUGACUGGUUCACACGAUGGCGACAUUCGAGUUUGGGAUAUAUCUGACAUUCAAUCUCAAAAUAACAACACCGGGGUGGUUAAUGACAAGUUUAAAAGUGAGAGAAUAGACGCUGGGGAGAAGAAGGAACAGACCCGCUUGAAAGUUGACGACGAAGACGACUUGAAUUAA